UUAUGUGCUAUAUAGUAGUUCUAGCUAACUCUUCCCAUGGUCAUGGUUAUUCUGGCUAAUUUAGCCUGCUAAGUGGCUUGAUAGCAAGUUAUGAUGUCGCACAAACUACACACCGAUAAAGCUUAACUAGCUAGCCAACACAUGUUUUGUUCCUCUGCCUAGCUCGCAUGGUAGCUCGCCAUAUCUACAACUUUGAUAUUAACCGUGGCGUAGUUUGAUUCUAAGUUGAUCUGAGUGACGUUAAGUUUAACGGUGGAGGUUGUCAGCUUGACGCCGCAGUGAGCCAGUGUCACCUGUCACAGCCUCCUCCGCCUCUCCUCCCUGCUCAUGUACCAAAUAUUGACUCCAAGUUUGAGUCAAGUUUUCGUUUCAGAACAACCCCAGGGGACGUUUACAGAAGUAGCGAGACGUGUACGUCUAUUUACCCAGUUUGGUGCAGAGUUUCGUCGGUUCUCGCUGGAUCGGUCGAAGCCGGGCCGCUUUGAUGAGUUCUACGGCCUCCUGCAGCACGUGCAUCGCAUCCCCAAUGUGGAAUUGUUGGUGGGAUAUGCUGACGUACAUGGCGACCUGCUGCCCAUCAACAAUGAUGAUAACUACCACAAAGCCAUCUCCACUGCCAGCCCUCUACUCAGACUGUUCCUGCAGAGGAAAGAGGAAGCUGAUUACACAUUCGGUACCAACUCGCUGACCAGGAAGAAAAACACGGUGCUUGCGGCCGUUCUUCUGCGGCCUGACCCCAACAGGAAGAAACCACCGGUGAUCAUUAGCCUUCCGAGGGACUUCCGCCCCGUCUCGUCCAUCAUCGACGUGGACAUCCUCCCUGAGACGCACCGACGCGUUCGUCUGUACAAGCACGGCCAGGAAAAGCCGUUGGGCUUCUACAUCCGCGACGGCUCCAGCGUACGGGUCACUCCGCAGGGCCUGGAGAAGGUUCCGGGGAUAUUCAUCUCUCGCAUGGUGCCUGGCGGGCUGGCGGAGAGCACCGGCCUGCUGGCAGUCAACGAUGAGGUGCUGGAGGUGAACGGUAUCGAGGUGGCUGGGAAGUCUUUGGACCAGGUGACGGACAUGAUGAUCGCCAACAGUCACAACCUCAUCAUCACCGUGAAGCCUGCCAACCAGCGGAACAAUGUUGUUCGCAGCGGAGGAUUAGGAGGAGGAGGAGGAGGAGGAGGCGGCGGCGCGGCGUCUGGGAGCUCAGGACGCUCGUCGGACAGCGGUGCCAGCUACUAUGGCUACUCGUCGCACGGUGGGGUUGGUGCCCCGGCCUCCAUGCCGUCGCACAUCAUCCAGAACUUCCCUGUCGGGGAGCUGGAGAGCGACGAGGACGACGAGGACCUGGUGAUCGAGGCAGGCGGCGAGGCUGAGCCCAUCAGACGCGCCUCGUCCAACUACAGCAUGCCCUCGCUGCUUCGCUACGAGCCGCACCUCAACCUCCGCACUGCCGCCGCCUCCACCUCCACCCUGUCUAGCAACGCCAAUGGAACCCUGCCAGCCAGCGGCAGCAGUGGAUCGCUAAGCAACGCCAUUCCGACCACGCCGUCCCUAGACAGAGCAAUUGAAAGGCGAAGUCUGGAGGAGGACGGCACUGUUAUAACUCUGUAGGCUGUUGCAUUCACAAACUUAACCACUGGAAACCCGAUCGUCAAGUACUUCUACUCACACUUGUGGGGAGCCGUGGAUCAGCUAAUCAAACGUGGGGAACAUCCUGUACCAUCACUCCACCUGAGAAGCACAAUGCAAAGUGUACAUAUUAAAUCUCAACACGACCCUGACAACGUAAAUGUUUGUGCAUCCUAACAUUUACACAUCAAACACUGCACUCCAUACGUCUCUCCUGUACAUGCCAAUGACCACGCAUGUGUGCCAUAGCAGUGAACCACCCACCCCCACCCCCAGUUCCACAGGCACAAAAAUGUCAGACAAAGAAGUGUAAUUUGAUGAUCCCUUACCCGUCACUCUAUUUGUAAAACACUACAAGCACUUGUUUUUAACCUGGAAACUGUUGUUACGCUGAGCUUCCACAAGAGGCCAGACAUGAGACACCAAAAGUAGAUGAAGGUAGAAGUC